CGACCAGUCAGACAGUCUGUCAGCGGGACCUGAGAGCUGCGCGUAGGACAGGAGGAGCUGGAUAAAGCGCACCGGCUCCGCGCAUGUAUUUGCACAUUUUUCUUUCCCUUCUUCGAUUCCGCCUCUUCUCUUAGGCUGUCGGAUGCUGGAUGCAAUCCAUCCCCGCGUCAAGAAUACACCUCUGACGGACGAACCAUGGACAGCCUAGGCAGCCGCUGUAAGAUUGUGGUUGUCGGGGACACGCAAUGUGGGAAAACGGCACUCCUGCACGUUUUUGCCAAGGACUGCUAUCCAGAGAACUACGUGCCUACAGUGUUUGAAAACUACACAGCCAGUUUUGAGAUAGACAAGCACCGGAUUGAGCUGAAUAUGUGGGACACGUCAGGUUCCUCUUAUUAUGACAAUGUUAGGCCGCUGGCGUAUCCUGAUUCUGAUGCGGUUCUCAUCUGCUUCGACAUCAGCCGCCCAGAGACUUUGGACAGUGUCAUAAAAAAGUGGCAAGGUGAGACGCAGGAAUUUUGUCCCAAUGCCAAAGUGGUGCUGGUGGGCUGUAAGCUGGACAUGAGGACAGAUGUCAGCACCCUGAGGGAACUCUCUAAGCAGCGCCUCAUCCCUGUCACCCACGAGCAGGGAAGCACGAUAGCUCGACAGAUAGGGGCGGUGGCCUACGUAGAGUGCACCUCCAAGGUUUCAGAGAACAGCGUUCGGGACGUGUUCCAUGUUACCACAGUGGCGUCGGUCCGGCAGCCAAACAAGCCUCAGCUAAAACGCAGCAGUUCCCGCAGAGGCCUGAAGCGAGUGUCACAGCUCCCGUUGCCUCCCCUGCCGGGUCGGACUGAGCAAAUGGACCAGGCCCCGGCCAUGAGGAAGGACCGGGCCAAGAGCUGUGUGCUCAUGUAGAGACCUGUUGUUAUAAAUAUAUAUAUAUAUAUAUAUAUAUAUAUAUGUAUAUACAUAAAUACAGAAAUAUAUAAACAGAGGAAGUCUAUUUAUUGUUUUUUAGUUGUGUAUUCAUUUUUUGCACUGCAGAGGAUUGAGGGGAAAAACACACACUGCGCUGUGGAAAGAAAUGCUUUAGAUUUAUUUAUUUUUUUUUGCAUUUGUGCAUAUUUUCUAAGCUUGUGUUGUUUUGAAAUGAUGGCAAAUUGGACUAACCCUCUGGAUAUGAGGAAGCUGUGAUGGUGGAUGUGCAGUCUAGUCCUGGGUAUUAAAGUGGAAUUAAUUUCCUGAAACCGCGCUAAUAAGAGGAUGGCACCCCGGCGAAGCGGCAAUGAGGAGAGUGAAAUGCGUGUGAGUAGGACCAUGUUGAAGCAGGACAUCUGGGGAUGAAGCUUGUUUUCAAAGACCUGUUGUGAACAAAAGGACUAAUUGUCUGGCUGCACUGUCUGAAGUUGCUUCCUGUUGCCAUAUAUGAGAGGAAAACCUGUAUGUACAGUAAUGCUGAAAAGGGAUUCUAGUGAUUAGAUGAAUGAUGGCUCACACUAAACCUCAGGAGCUGGAAAUGAGAUUUUGUAACACUGAAAUAUUGUGAAGGUGUGUAAGCGUUACUACCACAAGUGCAGUUUUUUAAGUCACAACACAUCUGAUUUUGUUUUUCUCAUUUAACACUAUGUUUUGUCAUCAACACCAAAUGUGUCAGUUUGAUUCUCUGAAGUCAAUGCUGUUGUCGCCGUUUUAAAGAUGUUUCUUUGUGGAAAAUAAAGUGGUAACACGUUAGGGUUAUUUUGUUGUACUUUCACUAAAGUCUAAAAUUAAACAACAGCUGACUAAAUAGGGAAAGGACGA